GAGGGGUAAAACUUUGAUUCAGAAGAAGCCCACUAUGUAUCCAGAUUGGAAAACUUCCUUUGAUGCCCAUAUCCAUGAAGGACGGGUGAUUCAGAUUGUUCUCAUGAAGGCAGCAGAAGAGCCAUUGUCUGAAGUGACUGUAGGUGUAUCUGUUCUGGCUGAAAGAUGUAAGAAAGGCAACGGGAAAGCAGAGUUCUGGCUUGAUUUACAACCUCAAGGAAAAGUACUGAUGGCUGUACAAUAUUUUCUAGAAGAUGGAGAUAGUUUGCAAUCAAUAAGAGAAGAUGAAGGAACUGUGACUAUAAAUAGAAGAGGAGCAAUCAAACAGGCAAAGAUCCACUAUAUUAAAAAUCAUGAGUUUAUUGCCACUUUUUUUGGACAACCUACAUUUUGCUCUGUCUGCAAAGAUUUUGUCUGGGGCCUAAAUAAGCAAGGAUACAAAUGUAGACAAUGUAAUGCUGCUAUUCACAAAAAGUGCAUUGAUAAAAUCAUUGGGAGAUGUACUGGAACUGCAGCAAACAGUAGAGAUACAAUGUUUCAGAAGGAGCGCUUUCAUAUCGAUAUGCCUCACAGGUUCAAAGUUUAUAAUUACAUGAGCCCUACUUUCUGCGAUCACUGUGGUAGUCUUCUCUGGGGAAUAGUUAAACAAGGAUUAAAAUGUGAAGAGUGUGGAAUGAAUGUGCACCAUAAAUGUCAAAAGAAAGUGGCAAAUCUAUGUGGAAUCAAUCAGAAAUUAUUGGCAGAAGCUUUAAAUCAAGUUAGUCAGAAGUCUACUAGAAAAUCUGAUUCAGGGUCAGCAGAAAGUGUUGGAAUUUACCAGGAUUUUGACAAGAAACCUAAAGCCUUUGGUGUAGAUAUGACAGAUAAUAAUGAAUAUGAUAAACUGUGGGAGGGAAGGUCACCCUCACGACUAUCCAGUAGGAGGAAGUUCAACAUAGAUAGUUUUAUAUUCCAUAAGGUCCUUGGAAAAGGAAGCUUUGGAAAGGUACUACUUGCUGAGCUUAAGGGGAAGAAUGAAUUUUUUGCAGUAAAAGCUUUGAAAAAAGAUGUGGUACUUAUUGAUGAUGAUGUGGAGUGUACCAUGGUGGAAAAGCGGGUCUUAGCGCUUGCGUGGGAAAACCCAUUUCUUACACAUCUUUACUGCACUUUUCAGACUAAGGACCAUUUGUUCUUUGUUAUGGAGUUCCUCAAUGGUGGAGAUCUAAUGUUCCACAUACAGGACAAAGGUCGUUUUGAUCUUUUCAGAGCUACAUUUUAUGGAGCGGAAAUACUGUGUGGUUUACAGUUUCUUCAUAGUAAAGGCAUUAUUUAUAGGGAUCUCAAAUUAGAUAAUGUGAUGCUUGAUAAAGAAGGCCAUAUCAAAAUAGCUGACUUUGGGAUGUGUAAGGAGAAUGUAUUUGGAGAGAACAAGGCAACAACUUUCUGUGGUACUCCAGAUUAUAUAGCACCCGAAAUCUUACAAGGCCUGAAGUAUACAUUUUCUGUAGACUGGUGGUCAUUUGGAGUUUUAUUGUAUGAGAUGCUUAUUGGACAGUCUCCUUUCCACGGUGAUGAUGAAGAUGAGUUAUUUGAGUCAAUACGAGUAGAUACUCCUCAUUACCCACGUUGGAUUACCAAGGAAUCCAAAGAUAUACUAGAGAAGCUGUUUGAAAGAGAUCCAACAAAGCGACUGGGAAUAACUGGAAACAUCAGAGAUCAUCCUUUUUUCAAAGCAGUUAAUUGGGCAACACUGGAAAAGAGAGAGAUGGAACCUCCUUUCAAACCAAAAGUGAAAUCACCAGGUGACUAUAACAAUUUUGACAGAGAGUUUUUGAGUGAGAAACCUCGACUAUCGUACAGUGACAAAAACUUAAUAGAUUCUAUGGAUCAGUCUGCAUUUGCUGGUUUCUCGUUUAUCAACCCUAAAUUUGAGCGAAUUCUGGAGAAAUGAUUAUUAAUUAAACAGAACUCUGAGAUACAGCCCUAAUGGAAGCUUUCCAGCUCUCCACAUGGAAUGUGACUGAAAGACAUUCACCUCAUAAUGACCAACUGGGUAGUGAUUAAUAAUACUUCUGCUAAUUCUUUAGCAACUGGCAGCAACUUUGUCUUGCAAGGCUGAAGUACCCUUGUGAAUCAUGUGUAAGUGAUUUUCUCUGCAGCUGGGAAAGUGUAGAUGUAUGUGUGUUGUUAUUUGAAUGUAGUUAUCUAUUUGGACAGUGUGUGUGUGUUGGGGAGUACGCUUUAUUUUGCUUCAGAGGGGAGAUAUUAUGAUGGUAUCUUUUAAAUACAGCUAACACGUUCAUUUUCAUCAAGCAAAAUGACUUGACAUUCUAUUCAAUUAAAUCUGGGCUUCAAAUUUUUAGUAAGUGCCAUCAGUUAACACACUGCUUUACAGGCUUCCUGUAACAUGUUUACAUCCUUCCUUAAAACUAUUUUCUUUCAGUUCCUGGAUAAAGGUGUAUUGAAAAUAGUGAAAUAGAAUGUUAAAAAGUGACUUUUUCUUGCUCAUUUCCACCACACAUAAUUGUGUUAGUUGAUUAGAAUAAAAACAGUCUUUGGUGACACCUUAAAGAUAAACACAUGUAUUAUUGGGUAACCACCUGGAGUUGCUGGGAGCCAGGCAGUACAUAAAUUUAUUAAAUAAAGACUACCCAAGAGCUUGUAAUAUAUGUUUGCUAAUUUUUAAUGCAUCACAAGACUAUUAAUAUUUCUGAAGAAACUUGUAUCUACAAACUGAAAUUCAUACAUGAUGGAGCAAAUUCCAUAAUUCAGUGGGAGUUAUUUCUGAGUAAACAGAUCUGAAACAAAUUGUGCAUCUUUUUCCAAAAACCGUGACAGGGGCAAAGAAAAUAAACCUGGCUGCAUGAACUUUCAGCCUAUUUGAGAACAUUUUAAGUAUUGUUUUGAUUUUGGAAUAAAUGGAUGACUCCAAAGCACACAUAUGAGUUUUGCAGGUACAUUUUUAGCAACAACAAAGAGUGGGAAUAGAUACAUUAAGCUUCUGUGAGGCAAAAUGUAUUUCUACUUAGAAACCCCUCACAAUAUGCACAAAUUGAACAAAUUUAGACCCACAGACCCUUUGAUGUCACUGGUCAUGGCCUCCAAGUAGCACCUACCAACUGAGAAAGGUUGCCCAUUAGUGUAGGCCAAUAUAAGCUUUGUCAUCACUUAAGGACCACUGGUGAGACUGUCUGGUUUCUGUAGGAUUACUUAAAUGUGCAGUUUGUUAUGACAAGUAAAGGCUUUGUUUUUUGAUUUUAUAACAAAAUCUGUUUUUUGUAGACAGAUAAUGGUAACAUGUAUACAACAGAGCUGAAACUUGAGGACUCAGAGAAGUUGAUUUUGGACUGUUACUCUUGAAAGACUUGAUGACACAUAACAUGUAAAUAAAGAACUGUGUUCUGUCA